UGCAGUUGCUUUUUUUCGCCUUCAGUCGCCUCCGGGUGUGUUUUAAAUGGCUUUCACAAGAUCCACUUUUGCGUAAUACAAGAUUUUUAACAUUUACUGUAAUUACAUCCUCUGAUUUUAAAUGCCGAGAGUUUAUGAUUUAUAGUUAUUUUAAUAGAUCCAUGAGUCAGCCCCAUAGCUCCGUGAUCCGCCCCUCCGCCGCUGACUCCGCCCGCCCGGGUGAGCUCGGGUCUCAAAACCAACAAAUUCUGAGGAAACUGGAGACAACGUGAAUGAGGACACCCCCCCCUUGCACCAUGCUGCUGUCUGUGGCCUCUGUGGUCCACACUGGAGUGAGACUAGCCCCGCCCACACACAGGUCACAUGUUCUGCGCCGCCUGUUAGGCUCCGCCCACGCCCUCUGCGCCGCCCACCGCAGACAGCUCAGCGCCUCGGCCAAUCAGACGCCCUCGUACAGCUACGUUAUAGUGGGGGCGGGCUCUGCGGGCUGCGUGCUGGCCAAUCGUCUCAGUGAAGAUUCCCAUGAGUCUGUGCUGCUGUUGGAGGCGGGGCCUAAGGACCAGCUCCUGGGCAGCGUGCGUCUGUCCUGGAAGAUCCACAUGCCGGCGGCGCUCACCUACAACCUCUGUGAUGAUAAGUACAACUGGUUUUACCACACGGAGCCACAGGCCCACAUGGAUGGGCGGGUGAUGUACUGGCCCCGGGGGAGGGUGUGGGGGGGGUCCUCUUCUCUCAACGCCAUGGUGUAUAUCAGGGGCCACGCCGAGGACUACAACCGCUGGCAGCGCGAGGGGGCCGAGGGCUGGGACUACGAACACUGUCUGCCGUACUUCAGGAAGGCCCAGAGUCACGAACUGGGGGAGGACAGGUACCGCGGAGGCAGUGGUCCAUUGAAAGUGUCCAGGGGUAAGACACAGCACCCUCUUCACGCGGCCUUCAUCGAGGCCGGGCAGCAGGCCGGGUACCCCUUCACCCACGACAUGAACGGAUACCAGCAGGAAGGCCUGGGCUGGAUGGACAUGACCAUCUACAAAGGGAAGAGGUGGAGCACAGCCAGCGCGUAUCUCCGGCCGGUACUGGGGCGUCCUAACCUGAAGGCCGAGGUGCGCUGUUUCACCACCAAGAUCUUGUUUGACGGGAGGCGCGCUGUGGGAGUGGAGUACACCCAGAGAGGACACAAGCAGAGGGUGUUUGCGGAGAAGGAGGUGAUUCUGAGCGGAGGGGCCAUAAACUCUCCUCAGCUCUUGAUGCUGUCUGGAGUUGGAAACGCAGACGACCUGACCCAACACGGCAUCUCUGUGGUCCAACAUUUACCUGGAGUGGGCAGUAACCUUCAGGACCACUUGGAACUGUACGUGCAGCAGCAGUGCACUCAGCCCAUCACUCUGUACAAGGCCCAGAAGCCCUUCCACAUGGUCAAGAUCGGGCUGGAGUGGCUCACCGUGUUCACAGGGUACGGUGCCACAGCUCACCUGGAGAGUGGGGGCUUCAUCCGCAGUCGCCCUGGGGUCACUCACCCGGACAUCCAGUUCCACUUCCUGCCCUCUCAGGUCAUCGACCACGGCCGGGUCGCCUCCAAGAUCGAGGCCUACCAGGUUCACGUCGGGCCCAUGAGGAGCUCCAGUGUGGGCUGGCUCAAACUGAAGAGCCCCAACCCUAUGGAUCACCCCAUCCUCCAGCCCAACUACCUCUCCACAGACAUGGAUGUGUGGGAGUUCCGGGAGUCGGUGAAACUGUCCCGUGAGAUCUUCGCUCAGAAAGCGUUUGACCCGUUCAGAGGCCCCGAGGUGCAGCCUGGGCCCGGCGUCCAAUCAGACGCAGAGAUCGACGCCUUCGUACGCCGCAAGGCCGACAGCGCCUACCACCCAUCCUGCACCUGUAAAAUGGGCUCCCCCUCGGACCCCAUGGCGGUGGUGGACCCCAGCGCCCGCGUCCUGGGGCUGGACGGGCUCCGCGUGGUGGACGCCUCCAUCAUGCCCAGUAUGGUGAGCGGAAACCUCAACGCUCCCACCAUCAUGAUCGCGGAGAAGGCGGCGGACAUCAUCAGAGGGCGCCCCCCGCUGGUGGACCGCGGGGUGCCAGUGUACCAGCCGCCCACGCUCCAGACGCAGAGAUAAAAAAACACAAGAACCUCAAGUGCGAUGUGCAAUGUGAGCCACGGCAGAUGACCAGACUUCAGACCAUUUUAGUUUGACUCAUUUGGGCUUUUAUUUUAUUUUUUUUCUAGGUUUUCAAAGUUUUCAGACGACAUUAGAACAUUCUAUCGUUCGAUAUAUUAUUUAAAGGGUUCUGAUCAGUGUUAUAUUGUUGUUUCCUCAUCACAAACAGACCUGGAGUUGUGUUUUGUUUCAUACAGGUUAUACUGGAAAUGCUCCACUGUGUUUUUAAACUCUAUACACCUUCACUAAAAUCAUUUGGAUCAUUUCAAACCAGGAAUUUUACUUUUUGUUUGAUCUGAGCUGAACAAAAGAAUAGAAUCGAAUAGAAAGCCUUUAUCAUCAUUAUACAGUAUAAUGAGAUUCAAAGCUGCUCAGUCUAAGUGCAGGAAAAAAACAAACAAAUUAACAGUUAAAGUAUAAAGAUGAGUUCAGUAGUAAAAGGUAAAAGAAGCUGUUAACUUGAAAACUACCACUAAUGACAUCACAAGGUGGAACAGGGCAUUUUGAGAUUUGGAGAUGGACAGACCAAUGAUCAAUCCAAUCCAAUCCACUUUAUUUCUAUAGCACAUUUCACAGACAAACCAACAAACAAAUACAUAAAAUUAACAACAAUAAUAAGCUGAUAAAAUAAACUACUAAAAUAAUACUAGUCUUAAAAUAAUAAAACCAGUAAAAUAAAAUAAAAACAAAAUCAUAGAAUAGAAAUAAAUUAAUUAAAUCAGUAAAACCAAUAAAAACACAUAAAAAUAAAUAAAAGACACAGAGGACCACACAAAUCACGCGGUGUUAAAAGCCAGAGAAUAAAAGUGGGUCUUCAGACGAGACUUAAAACACUCCACUGUGGGUGUUGCUCGAACGUGAAGCGGCAGAUCCUUCCAGAGUUUAGGGCCGACCACAGAGAAAGCCCUGUCCCCCCUGGUUUUAAGUCUCGUCUUAGGCACCACGAGCUGGAGCUGGACCUCAGACCUCAGAGCGCGCGCGGGGGUAUAAAUUUGGAUGAGGUCCGACACGUACUGUGGGGCCAGUCCAUUCAAAGCUUUAAAAACAAACAAUAAAAGCUUAAAAUCAAUUCUAAAAUUAACAGGAAGCCAGUGCAAAGAUACAAGGAUUGGGGUUAUGUGCUCUCUCCUUUUUGUUCCUGUUAAAAUCACACGUUUGAGUAAUCCUGUUGCAGUAAUGUCACACAUGUUUGAGAAACGUCACUCAAACAUCACACAUAAGUGAUCCUGAGUAAUACAUCUGUGUACAGAGUUACUGAAACGUGAAGGAGACAAAACACAGCUCCAGGUUUGUUUUUGUGAAGGUAACGGCAUUAUAAAGCUCACAAGAAUCAGUUUUGUGUAAUACAGAAUGCUGAAACCGGUCAGUCUGAAAUAUAUUGAAACACGCAAACCCAAACUAGUCAAAUCAGAUUUAAUAUUCUGAAGUCUAGCCCUUAAAACUUUUGCAGUGUAUUUUUAUUCACACAGAAAUGAUUCGUCAACAGUGAUUUGCACGACUAUGAGAAUCAACCAGAAUGUGACACUAGACUGAAUAUUAUGAUGUAAGUUUGUAUUUACAGCAGCUUUUAACCACCUUUAAUAUAUUUGAGAGCAUGUUUGAUCAAAGAGUGAUUUCUUACAGUGUAGUACAUUUUAUAUAAAUAUAGAUGUAGAUGUAGUGGUGUUUGUGACUUAACAGCACUGCAGAGUAUAUGUGUUUUGUGCCUUAAGAUGACACUUAUAAUAAUGAAAUACUAUGAAGGGCUUGAAGAAGGCAUAUUGUGCAAAAUCAACUUUUAAGAGCUUUUAUUUUUGAAACUAGUGCACAGGCUGUAGAAGACUUUCCGAGUGUAGCCCGCGAUAACUUCAGAAGUCGUCGCGGGCUGCACUUCCCCGUGGUGUCCGUUAAAUAUAUCACUCAUUUCACUAGCUAGGACCACGCCAACAACGACAUAGUGCGAAGAAGUUUAUUGAUAAUGUACGAAGAGGGGCAGAGAUGGCUGGGUUGAGACUAUGGGUGGGGGCUCCGUCUCAAUCUGCAAUUGGCCCAGCCGGAACGGGACCCCCCUUGCAGGUGUUUUAUGACUUAAAGACAAAAUAGGGGAUGGGAGGGUGGGGUCGAGUUAGCCGAGACAAACUGGGAUGAUGGGAAAGGCUGCUACUUAUAGGCUUCUGGGAAAUUAGAGGCGUGGUGGAGGUGAGUUGUGGUUCGCUGGUGAGAGGAGAGGGCGGCUGAGGCGUGGUCCUGCUCCUGAAUCUCAGUUAAUCAUAUUAACUACAUUUUAAAAGAUCUUUGGCUUUUUUUUUUUUUUUUGACUGAUUCAUUGGCCGGUUUUACUUCAUAGAAAGAGUCUGACCUCACAGCAUUAGGAUUCGUUCGCUCAAUGGUAGGCGGGUAUUUUUUUUAUUUAAACAAUCGCUGCUAUUUGGACAUAUGUAAUGCGCCAAAUCGCGUAGGAAGAAGGGCAAUAACGUCUUUCCCCUUGAUAAAAUUCAAACCAAACAUUCUCUUUGUUCCGGCUUUAAAUCCUCGAUCUCAGGAAUCGUUGCCAACACAGAAUGUUUGUCUUCGUCUACAUCCAUCUCGACGCUUUGUUUACUGUUGUGCUGUUCCACAAAAUGGACCCAGACAGGCGCUUGAGCUUGACGUCAUGGCUUCACAGCUCUUCGCUGAUUGACUACAACUUCCGGGGUUCUUACAAACCGUCUAUUCCGAUUCCUGACCUAGUCGCUGCAGAGAAAUGAAAUUGAGUGGAGGCACUAGGUGGCACCAGCCUGACUAGCAUUUUUGGCCCUAACAACAUGAAACAUGGCAGUGCACACACCCGUACCAUUAGGAUGACACACUCCAAACUUGAGAUGAGCGGUACAGACCAAACUCUUAAUAACCUAAAAUAUCGGAAGACCCAAUGAAUCUCUUUGGACUAGCUGCACAUACCUCACUGGGCACGGACUUGUUUCUUUUAUUACGUUGUUUUCAUUUCAAUAUUGCGAUUGAAAAUGUCCAAAUGAUGAACAUAAUAAUCCACAAGUGUCAUAGAUUAUAACUAUAGAGCGAAACAAAAGCACAAUAUGUCUUCUUUAAAUCUGUACCAGCACAGUUUAAUUAUCUCAGUCUUACCUGGAAGUGACCUUUAUGGCUUCGUUCAGACUGUAGGACUUAAUGCUCAAUUCAGAUUUUUUUGUGAAAUCCGAUUUUCUUUGGCGAGGUCAUUCACAUUUCCAAUUAAAUGCGACUUGUAUGUGAUCUCCAGUGUGAACUCUGAACGCCCCAAAAGUGUCCCGCAUGUGCACUGGAGGACACAGCGAGCGUGCUCAGUGUUUACGGAAGUUGCCAAAAAUCUGGUCCAGUUCUUGGUAAAAUGUUCAGGUUCAGGAUCUUUGUUUUUCGUUGACAUUGGAGCCAGGACCGACCAUUUCUUUGGCAAUCAUUAAAAAAAAUUCCCUCCAAUUUGGCCUGAAUACAGCGAUCCCCCCAAAUAUUGAUGAACUCGCCAACCUCACUUUCCCUCCAUUGGCGAGACUCUGAUCCUGAUGUGUAGGUGGGAUGAAUGCGACCUUAUCAUUCAGACAUAAGUCGCAUGUCAAAAGAUCGGAUAUGUAUGGGUUUUAGGAGCAAAUAUCCAAGUGGCCUGGGUCGUGUUUGAAAAAAUCGGAUCUGUGUUGCUCAGACUGGCAUUAAAAGAUCAGAUACAGGAGCAUACGGGAGAAAAAAAUCUGAUUUGGGUCACUUCAGGCUGCAAUCUGAAUGGAGCUUAUGUUUUACCUUUGAUUUAAUUUCUUUUUUACAAAUAUUGAAUCCCAAAAUGUGCAUUGGAACAUAUAAUUUUUCCUCCUUAUAACUGUGGUGCAAUUUUAAACAAUAUUUGAAUCAUUUCGUGUCUUCUGCUUGUUUAGGGAGCCAGUUUUUCGUUGUGUGUGUUGGUACAUUUUGGGAUAUUGUUGUCUCGGUACGAAGGGAUAGACUUGAUACUCAAUUCUGAUUCUUUAGACAAUAGAAUGUGAUUCUCAGAUAGACAGAUUGUGAUUUUGUUGUCUUACGUCUGGUUCAUUUCUGUCCUGUCAAUGUGAAUUAUUUAGCAUUGAUUAGGGAUGGGAUGAGACACAGUUUCCGCAAGACAAAACACGAGAUUGGGUCCACGAGAACGAGACAAGACGAGAUUUUGACAUAAAUUCUAAGACGUAAAUAGUCUGAUUUAGUUCCCAAAGUUGGCUUCAGAAUUUGUAUUUACUUUAUUUAAUAUUUUUGUUGGAACUAUGGCUUCUCAAAAGAUGCAAGCACCAGCAUUUAACUUUUUUUGUCCAGUCCAAUAAAACUCACGAGAUUAUUUUUCUCAUGUGCACAAUCUCGUGGUGUUUUUGUCUCGCGAGAUCUUGUCCCAUCCCUCAUAUCAAUUAGCGUCUGAUUUUCGAUACUUGUGACAACCUCUACCGCAGAAUUUAUUUUAUUUUAUCCAUGUUUUAUGAAGAAUUUUAGCUUUUAAUCACUUGACUCAUUUGUGCAAUAAUCACAAACACUUUACUUGCUGGUCCAUUAUUUCAGAUACAAAACACUAUCAUCCUUCACCUUGUAACAUGAACAAUCAUUUUUCCUAAUCAUGUUUUUGAGAGAUGAAGGUCUGGUCUUAAGUGUUAUUUUAUAUUUUUAAUACAUUCUCUGUUUUGUAAUUUCAACAGAACACUUGAAACCUGGUGCAGUUUACAAAAUAUACAAUAUCCGGUACUAUAAGUGAACUAUUUUACAUUUUGUUUACUUUGUGAUGUUCUGAGCUGCCUUUAAAGGGCCCGUAGUACGAUAUUUAAAAUUUUUUGUUGUGUUUUUGAUGAAGAAUUAACAUUAUAAUAUGACUCACAAGAGUAAAUUUUGUGUAUUAUAAUAUAUAUUUUUGGGCCCUUAAAUCGUGUCUUAAUCGUUUUUGCACAGCUACUUUCAGUGUUUACGUGAAAUUUAUGAAGGAUAAUACUUUUUGAUUUUGACUUAAGAAAUUAUUUUUUAAAAUGUAAGCACCUUUAGUUUAGUUUAAUUUGACUGUGAUCAGUAGAAAGCGUCCAUGUCUUACCGGGAAUGUUUCUUUGUUCAGAAUUUGUACUCAAUCUUUUAUGAAAUCUUAGAAGGACUUGAUAAACCCGAUGGACCUAUUUUCACACGAUCAUGAGCAUCAAAAUGUUUUGAAUCAAACUUGAAAAUGGAAAGAAAUUGAAUAAAAAUGUCAGA